CGGCACAACAAGAUGAGAGCGGAGACGAUGGCAGUUUUGUGACCCCUCAGGGUAUUGGUUGGAUUAGCGGGAUCAGUGUCGGCGUCGCGUCCAGUGGGCUCACAGUCACUUCUGCAUGUACAGACCCCCAAACUGGGCAGCCAAUCAGGCCUUUAGGUCAGUGGAAGCAACCUCUGAACACCGGGGGAGUGUGGGUGGGUGGAGACGGGGCGAGCCGGAGUGUCGCUCGAACAGCAGAGGAGUCAAAAGCUGCCCUGAGCCCUAAGGAGACAAGACCGACUUCAAACAAAAGACGAGGCUCUGAGAGUAUGGCUGUGGUCUAUACUGAGACUACAGCUAUGGAGGAGCAGGGAAAAGGGAAGAAAUCAGAUCUUGGUCGUAGCAAGUUAGGUCCUGACAUUCAAACCAGGAGUCUAACCUCCUCAUUAAAUCCCAGUAAUGAGGAGGACUUUGUGGUGCUCGAGAAGGACGAGUCUUGGGUGUCAUCUGAUGGGGACAUCACUUUUGGCAAAAGGAUAAAGACAGAUAAUCUUCAGUCCCCUAUAAAAAGAAGAGUUGAGGAAGACGCUUCAGCUACUGGCGUUAACCUUCCACAAGCUUCCAGGAAUGCUGUUCAAGAAAAGGGUAAUGAGAAGAAAAGCAGGAAGAGAUCAGACACACUUCCAGUCGCGACUGACGGCGUGGAAGCGCAUGCUGAGAGUUCACCCGAAGCCUGUUUUGAGAGGGAAAUGGGUCAACACUUGGCUGAAGUGACAGGCAGCAGGUGUCGGCUAAAAGGAGUCAGUCAUGUUGGAGCUGUCCACGCUGGGACAACUGGGAGAGGAAGAGCAGAGAGGGAGCGAAACAUGAACGACCACAGCGAGGGGCAAGUUUCUAACAUUAGCAAAGAGCACCUGUCAACACAAAACAACAGCGGCUUUGUGAAAAGAUCAAGAAAGAGCAGUGAGGAAUUAGAAGACAUGCUUGACGAAGCAGGCCAGCUCAUUCUACAUGAUAAAGAAAGCCAUGGUUCAGAAUGUGUUGCACAAAAAACACAAGUGGGAGCGGAUCAGGCCCAUCAGAGCAAGUUUGCUGGUGCUGUCUCUGUGAGGGCUAAAGCAGGUGGUUUGUGUACCAAGAAAGAGGACAGCGGAGUGUUGUGCAAAGCAGCCGAGCCCCCGAGCUCUGAAACACCACCACUACACGACAAUCACUCACUUUCAUUGGAACAGUGCAAUUCAAUCCCUCGUCCUCCUCUGCCAGAGGAUGAAGGCUGUGAUGGAAAGAUACAGGUUGCGAGCUUAAAGAGGGAGCGCAAGCUCGUUUGCUUCUCUGCUGUCAUCACCCCACCACCUUUAACUCAUCUGUUGCCUAAGAGAGACGCAUCCAUGCCGACGCAACUCGGUACAAGCGUGAUGAAAUCACAAACGGUGCCAGACGCCUCGUGUGAUUCUAAAGAUGAAUCCAUGCCAAAAGAAAAGCCCAAAGUUAAAGGUCCACCUCCGCCUGUCCCCAAAAAACCUAAAAACCCGUUUAUAAAGCUCAAAACUGCACAAUUAAGGUCUACUGAUGUGCAAAGAAGAGGCAAAGAUCAUCCGUGUUCUGAGGAGAGGGUCAAGAGGAGACACACUUUUGAUUUCUACAAAGAUCUUCCGAGUAACACCGCAACUAAUCAGGACAUGUGCUCUCUGUGGGACAAAAGGGGCCCUCAUGUGGCGCCGACGAACAUUCGGCGGCUGUCGGUUGACCUCAGCCCCUGGGAACAACUUUCGCUCGGACACAUGGAUGAUCAGUACGGAGACAUGGUCGACUUUGACUACUGCGUGCGUAUGGAAGAUCUGUCUCCAGAGGAAGAGCCGCCAAACUUGGACAUGUUGCAGAGAAGAGUAUUCCUGGAGAGACGAUCCAGAUUUAAAAGCUCGCCACCUCCUGUAGCGGAAAAGCCCCCAAAUCGGGUUGCAUCCACAGAGACUCUCCACAUACCUGAGGUCACAUCAUACAAUGAAAUCCGAAGAUCAAAACCUGCUUAUUCAGGGGAAAAAGAAAUUUACCCUGAGCUCCGAUCUGAAAGAGUCAGCAAUGAUGACUACGGUAACUGUGGUACGCGUAGAGACAACCACAGUCGAGAUAGGGAUGCAGGAAAUAACAGUGAGGUGGGUUCGUACAAGCCCGUGGCGAAAAUCAUCAAAGAAACUAAUCAAAUGCAGAGACAUCAAUCCCGGGUCAAACCUGAAGGGGCCAAAGCUUCGGUUCGGGUGGCAGAGGAGGGUCCCAGUGUGAAAGUAUCCCAAAUGAAGAAUGCUUUUGAUGUCCCAAAGAAAUCCAAAGAGAGACCACAGGAAGCUCAACAAUGUCCAAAGAAAGAUAUGUUGCGGCGAGUCGUGCGACAGAGCAAGUUCCGCCAUGUCUUUGGUCAGGCGGUGAGGAACGACCAGUGCUACGAUGACAUCCGCGUGUCCAGGGUCACAUGGGACAGCUCCUUCUGUGCCGUCAACCCCAAAUUUGUUGCCAUCAUCAUAGACGCCAGUGGGGGCGGAGCCUUUCUUGUACUUCCUCUACAAAAGUCUGGCCGUAUAGACAAGGUUUACCCGACAGUAUGUGGUCACACGGGCCCAGUGUUGGACAUCGACUGGUGUCCUCAUAAUGACCACGUCAUCGCUAGCGGCUCGGAGGACUGCACAGUGAUGGUUUGGCAGAUCCCUGAGAACGGGCUGGGGACUCCUCUCUCGGUGCCCGUGGUCGUGUUGGAGGGCCACUCCAAGAGGGUCGGCAUCGUGUCUUGGCAUCCCACCGCUCGCAACGUUCUCCUCAGCGCAGGGUGUGACAACCAGAUCGUCAUUUGGAAUGUGGGCACAGGACAGGCCAUGAUCAACCUGGAGGACAUGCACCCUGAUGUUAUCUUUAGUGUCAGCUGGAGCCGCAAUGGCAGCCUGCUCUGCACCGCCUGCAAGGACAAGAAGGUCCGUGUCAUCGACCCCCGUAAAAAAAGGGUUGUUGCGGAGAAGGACAAAGCUCACGAGGGAGCUCGGCCAAUGAGAGCCAUCUUUUUAGCCAACGGAAACAUUUUCACCACUGGAUUCAGCCGCAUGAGCGAACGCCAGCUGGCUCUGUGGAAAAUCGAAAACAUGGAUGAGCCAAUAUGUGUUCAGGAGAUGGACUCCAGUAAUGGAGUUCUGCUGCCCUUCUAUGACCCCGACACCAACGUAGUCUACCUGUGUGGAAAGGGUGACAGCAGCAUUCGGUACUUUGAGAUCACCGAUGAGGCGCCGUUUGUUCACUACCUCAGUACCUUUUCCACCAAGGAGCCCCAGAGAGGCAUGGGAUACAUGCCCAAAAGAGGCCUGGAUGUCAACAAAUGUGAAAUUGCAAGGUUUUACAAAUUACACGAGAGAAAAUGUGAACCAAUCAUCAUGACAGUCCCGCGUAAGUCGGACCUGUUCCAGGACGACCUGUAUCCCGACACGGCCGGCCCCGAUCCCGCCCUGGAGGGGGAGGAGUGGUUCGCCGGGAAGAACGGAGGCCCCAUCCUGAUCUCACUCAAAGACGGCUACGUCUCCACGAAGGCCCGCGAUCUCAAAGUGGUCAAGACGAACGUCCUGGAAACCAAGCCGGCCACAAAAGCAGAAAACAUCUCGACCGUGCAGAAGCACGCUUCUCCGCAGCGCACAGUAAAAAAGGAGCAGAAAAUAGAAGAUAAACUGGAAGAGGUACUCCGAGAGUUCAAGUCACUCAGGGACCGCGUCAUCCUCCAAGACCGUCGAAUCGCCAGACUGGAAGAGCAGGUCGCCAAGGUCGCCAUGUAAGUUGCGGCCCCACUUCCCGGGAACCGUUGGUUGUUUUUAGGAAUCGAAUGGACGGGGGUCAGCAACAGCCAAAUUCUCAAGAUUCGGCUUCAUUGUGCUGGGCUUCGUCCCGCGAUGAGACCAAGCCCUACAUUCCAAGAUGAACAUAUUUUUUCCUCAUCAAGUCUCCAGUUUCACACUUUGCCCCGACACACAGAGGAAAGGAAAAACUCUCACAGCUCAUGUACACAUUUGAAGAAAAGACAUUUUUGUUGAAGGAAAAAGUCUUAACUUUUUUUUUUUUUUUUUAAUUGUGGUAAAACAUUCUUGUGUGAAGUUUGUACUUACUUCUCAAAAACUGUAUGUAGCAUCAGUAUUUCCAUUGUUAUCUUAUGUGUUGCCAAAUAUGAAUUAUGUGCCGUUUCAUGCACUGCUUUUACAUUUAUUUUCUCUCCUGUUGUACAUUCCAGUCGCAGCCUGCUAGGUUGAUUUAGUCAAGCUGGAUUCUUUCUUUUUUUUUAAACAAUAGCUGUUGAACAUUUUUUUCCUCCCACCAGUUUGCUCAUUGACAACCAUCAGAUUUAUGAAUGUGGAGGAAUUCCUUUUUAAGCGUUUUGUUCCUGUUCUUCUGGGCUUGAAAUUUAACUUUGGGUUUUAUUGGGGGG